CGCGCAAAGUUUGGGACCCAUUUAUGGGAUAUCUCGAUUGCACACACAAUGAGUAAUGACUUCUUGAUUUUUUCAUUUUUUGCGAACUGGCCCACCGCUUUGGUUUGGGCGUUUGCUAAAUCCUCGUUUUUCCUCAUGUACCUCGAUCUCUUCAAGCCGCUACACUGGCUGCGUCUUGGAGUCUACAUCGGCUUGUUCCUCAACUGGGGCUUUUACAUUGCUGUCAUUGUCGUUAGCAUAUACUUCAAUGCCCCGAGUCCCGGGCAGACAUGGCUGGAAAGCGCGCAGAAUCCGCGUUACACGAAAUCGUUCAAUAUGACCAUACCUAUUGCCUCGGGGAGCCUCUUUCUGGACUGUUACAUUCUUGUACUACCAAUCUCGGUGGUCCGGAAGCUCCAGUUUAGCAUGCGGGCCCGCCUCGGUGUCAUGGCCAUCUUUGCAACUGGCUUUCUUGCCUGUAUAGCCUCCUCAAUGAGUAUUGUAUUCAAGCAUAAGCUCAAUGACCACAUCAACGACUACACUUACUGGACAUAUCCUGUUCUUCUUCUAGCUUUGUUGGAGAUGUGUGUUGGGAUUUCUUGUAGCUGUAUGCCCUCCACUGCAGCUUUCAGACGGUAUCUUCAAAAGAAAGGGGUUUCGUUGACUACUUGGGGUUCAUCCUUACUCACGCCGUUGCGAAGCAUGUUUCAAAGCGGCGAUCAUGGCAUGGUUCCUCCAGAACAGAACGGUGAAUGGAAGAAGGAAAGAAGCCAAAUUCACAAGACAAGCUACAUCAACAUCGACGCCGAGACAGCAAGUACCCGAAAUCUGACCCAAGAAUACGAGAUGGCUGAUUUCGGACAUCUGACUGCUUGA